AUGACAAAGAGCAAGACUUCUCCAAAGCAUGGGCAGGUGAUGUUUGGUGUUGGCAGCAAUGAGGGUGUUCCGGCCAUGUGGGGAAAUAUGGUACCUACUGCCCAAGAAGAAAAUUAUAGUCAUAGAAUGAACCAAGCAAAGGACCAGAGAUUAGACUUGCCUCAGGGGCACACCCAGAGAUCUGAUCCAAGAAUAUUUUGUUGCAUACACUUUUCUGCUGGUUGGCCAAGAGGCUGGGUGGGCAGUGAUCCUUCGUUGGAGGAGAGUGGAAGCUUGGACCACCUGGUGACAACCAAACAGUUCAAGUGUGCUGACUGUGACAAAGCCUUUGCCACUAGAUGGGAGUAUGAGCGACAUCGUCGGACUCACACUGGGGAGAAGCCUUUUGCCUGUCAGAUCUGUCCUUACCGUGCAACGCAGAAAACCAGUCUCCAGAAACAUCUUCGUACUCACAGUGGAGAAAAGCCAUAUGCAUGUCAUUUUUGCACAUAUAGAGCUUCUCAGAAAGUUCAUCUUCAAAAUCAUAUCCGUACCCAUAGUAGUGACACAUUCUCAUGCCCUCACUGUCCAUUCAGAACUAACAGAUAUGAUGUCCUCAAAAAACAUAUCCCAACUCACCCUUCUGAAAAGUGACUUUUUAACUGAUUCCUUGAUUGCAAGCUAAAAGGGUGUGAAUCAUUGAGAAUAAUUUCUCUUGUAAUUAUGUGCUUGGAGUUUCAAUUCUUAUGUUAUCUGAGUAUCAGAACUGCAUAGGCCAUUCCCUUGUCCAUUUACCGAUAAGUUCUGCCAUUCGCUGUAAGUCUGGCUAAACAGUGUAAAAUUUCCAAGGAAAAUUGGGUUGCAUCACACCUGGUCAGUAUCUGAUGUGCUACAGAUGAAAUUAGGGAAGCAUGAAAAAUGCAGGAGGGGAAUGAAAGUAAGUGACAGAUAGAAAUGAGAUAUUCAGGAACUACUAGUUAUUUAGGAAAUUAAUUUGCUGCCAGGAAGUGAAGGAUAAUUGAAUAAGUGACUACAAUCAGUUUUACAUGUAUUUUCAUCUCCAUGCAAAAGAGGACCUUUAAGCUAUACAUUAUUCCCAUUAUAUGAAAGACAGAAGUAGAUAAAAAAACUGACUGCAAAUCUAGUAUGAGUGGGUUGUUAAUGUUACAGGAUGCAUCUUUUGGUUAUAAUUGGAACCCUAUUUUCAGCCAUACCAUAGAGAAACUGAUAUCCAGUGCUGGGCUUUUUACCAGAUCAAAUAAUGUUUUUUCAUGUCCUAAACCAUCUUUUAGCAUUUUGAAAUAAGUCCUGUAAAUGAUGUGGAAAAGGUUUUAUAUGUUUGUGUUUAUAGAUGUAUGUGUAUAUGUGUGAUUUGAUGCACAUAAAUGCACACACUUAUGUGUAUGUGUCUGUAUGUAUGUGGGGGGAUACCUGUAUAGGGGUGUGUGUGGGUAAGCUUGAAAACAUAUACUGUAUUUGAUAAUUCGGCAUAGAAAAAAUAUUUCUUGUUGAUGAAUAGAAUAUAAUUUAAGCCAGACCAUAUAAAAGUAUUUCGGGAUAGAAAAAAUACCUCUUGUUGAUGAAUAGAAUAUAAGUUAAGCUGUAAAAAAAUUCAGCUGAAAUCUGUUACUGUUUAAGAGUUGUCAGACUAUGGAAAGAUACAUACUUGAUACAAAGGUAGAUACAUGAUGGAUAGAGAAAUGUGUACUUUCAUACACACAGGUUGAAUGAAUUAAUUUCUUGUUUUACAAGAGAAAAAUAAAAUUGUGAAAAGAAACAUCA